CUAUGAUUUAUCCUAAUUUUACAACAACACGAGAAGUUGCUUUAUUCGUAUGAGCAGCUAGAGAGGUGUAGAACAUGUUUCGUUGGAUAGUGUUUCUAGUAAGCUGGUUUUUAUCUGUUACUGUGAUAACAUCAUUGCAAUGUCAAUGUACAUGUACCUCUCCUGACAAUCCAGAGGAAAAAUAUGUUGCCACUAUGGAUAAUAAUACGUUUACCUUCAAUGCUGUGAAAAUGAAUGAAGAAAUCGCGCUAAAUCGGACAGAGAUGGUUAAUCAUAGAAAAGACAAAACUAUGAAAGAACGGAGUGAUAAAACAAUUUACCAAACAAUGAAUACUUCUUCUUCGCAACAAAAUGCAAAACAUCAACAAUAUAAACUUAAUAAUGUAUGGAAUGUAAUAGGAAACCAACAGAACAAGAAAACCAACCUACAGAAAAUGGAUAAGUCUGUAAACCAUAAGGAAGGAAGUUACAACGUGUGGGGACAAUUAAAAACUGGUGUGAAAACAGGUGUGUUCCAACAUGGCAAAAGUGUGGGAAAAGGACAUAUUGAUCCAAACAAUUCCCCGCCCCAUAUGUACCAACCGGAUUCCAAAAGUAGACACCACUCUUUUGAAAGCAUCCAUCAACCAAAAGGGAAUACCAUGUACAGAAAUAGUAAUAAUUGGAUGCAACACAAAAAUAGAAACAACAACAUUUUGGAAUUUCCAGCUUGGAAGCCAUUUACAGCACAAAGAAGAACACCUUAUGGCCAAACAGUUAACACAACUAGACAUGAAUUCAGACACGCCCAGUGGACCAAUCAGGUUCAAUCAACGAACGCAAAUGAUGUGGAAAUAGAACCAGUGGAACGGGAAGUCAGAUAGACACUCUUACAUAUAUGUAUAACAUGAAUGCUUCACAAGGAUUUUUUCGUAUUUCGAAAUGGAACUUUUCAAUUUUUUUCUCUCAUGGAUCCAGUCUAACAAAGGCAUUUUAACGAAACUUUAGUAUAUAGAUCCAGGUGGUCAAUAUGUUCUAUUUGUAUGUGGUGUUUGAAGAUAAUAGGGUAAUAGGUCCCAAGUCAGGAGCCUCUGACCUUUGUUAGUCUUGUAUUAUUUAAAUUUUAGUUUCUUGUGUACAAUUUGGAAAUUAGUAUGGCGUUUAUUAUCACUGAACUAGUAUAUAUUUGUUUAGGGACCAGCUGAAGGACGCCUCCGGGUGCGGGAAUUUCUCGCUACAUUGAAGACCUGUUGGUGACCUUCUGCUGUUGUUUUUUUUAUUUGGUCGGGUUGUUGUCUCUUUGACACAUUCCCCAUUUCCAUUCUCAAUUUUAAUUUCACUGAUUCACCGCUUCUACGAGAUAUGUUAUAAUUUAUUUAACAAAAUAGCUCAAUGGUUCCUUUACUCAUUUUGUACGGAACAUAAUAUAUAUAUAUAGAAAGAGAAAAGUAAUAUGAUGGUCAAUGAGACAACUGACCAACAGAGUCAAAUGAGGCGAAUGGUAUCACAUAUAAGUCACCGUAUGGCCUUUUUGUAUGUAUAUUUGUCAUUUUUUUGCAAUAUAUAU